AUGGCAUCCCUCACAUCCACGUCCAUUCGAUACCCCAUGUUCUGCCUGUUGCUCCUGCUCGCGUAUGCUAAUGCCUUUACCUUUCGUUUCUCGUCUCCACCAGCCCAAUGCGCCCGUAUGAGAGCCAUUUGGCAAGGCGGCUCUCCACCGUACACGCUCCUCAUGGUCCCAGUCGACUUUAUGCCCCAGGGAACAGAAACUAGAGUCAUCUUUGAACGCACCGUCACCACGGGUAAUCAACUCGAGUUUACAUUUCCCUUUCCUGCGCGUACAAGAUUUGCAGCCAUCAUGAGCGACUCGACGGGCUUUGGCACUGGAGGAACGUCGCCUCUGCUCACCGUUCAAUCCUCCAACUCGUCAUCCUGUCUAUCCACCACACCCUCGGCCCCCGAAUUCUACUUCUUCCUCUCGUCACCUACACUCACCCAAUGCUCGCCUGUUCAUAUUUCAUGGGACACUCCCUCUGCUCCACCAGUCACUGUCUAUGGAAUCAUUCCCCGCGGACAAUCCUUUGAUCUCAACGCGGCUUCCCGUGCAAAUGGAGGUCGUGGAUUCGACUGGACUGUCAAUGUUCGUAGCGGCACUCAGUUCUUCUUUGUCGUCGGAGACAAGAAUGGGAGUGGAAAGGGAGGGAGUUCAGAUGUAACAACCAUUCGAGGAGGGUCAAGUGCCUGUAUCGAUGCCAGUUCACCUAGCCAGACGGCAGAUUCAGGGGUGGGAGGAACUGAACCACUGCCAUCUUCUGGAACUACUGGCUCUGGACCAGAUUCUAGUGGUUCAGGCUCGAGCUCUAGCACGACUGGUAACGGCAAUGGAUCUGGAUCUGGCUCUGGCAGUACUGAUGGAGGAGGAAAUACGGACGGUGCAAGUGGCUCUACCAAUGGAGGAAAUCCAGGACAAGGUGGAACCAAUACGGCUGGCUCAGGUGGUGGCACAGUCUAUGGACCUCUUGACCCUACCUCGCCAGCACAAGCAGCCAACGAGAAUGACCAUCGUCAGUCCAAACUCGGAUUGAUCCUGGGCCUUGUACUCGGAUUAUCAGGACUAGGCCUCGUCGUAGGGUUCUGCUUACUCGCUUACAAACGACACAAGCGUCAAGUCGAACGACGAGACAACCAACGCGCACGUCUACUCGCAACGUCAGACGUGUCGGAAGUACACCUACCGGCAUCGUCCAAUUUUCGCGAUAUGCCGCAUACACGACCGACAGCACGAUGGCCAGGGACAAGUUUGGAAAACCUGGGCUCGACAUUUCGCACUACGCCAUUCGUCUGGCCACUCACCGGGAGUGCAAGUGGACGCGCGAGUCCAGAUCCACGCGUCGUUUCACCCUACCUCCCACUAGAUCAUACACGAGGGCAAGUCGACGGCAUCUCCACACCCGACAAUGUCGCUGUUGGAAGCACGACGGCCCGUCCGCAACUCGAAAAUCGGAGCACGAGUUCCGGAAUUCUACGACGUUUACGGAGUGCACGGUCUGGACUCGGAUUUCCAUUCGGUGGGAAUAGUCGCAAUACAAGCAACAGCGGCUACAAGAGUCUGGCAGACGAAAACUCGACGCCAAGCAGUAACAUGCGCAACGCAACGACGGGUCCCUCUUCCGGCUCGCUAUCACUCUCCACACCAUCUCCAUUUGUACCACCGCCAAUAGGCCACUUGCCUCACGAUUCCAACGACUCGAGUGGCUCGUCGGCGAUGAGAUCACGCAUCGAACACAAGAGCCCACUCCCACCAAGCUAUCGACAACACGUGAGCAAUACAAGCCACGGCUCACAUGGCUCGCGCUUCUCCGCAUCAGGACACCCACUCCCCAACCAAAAUCAACAACCACAACUCCCAUCAAGCCAAGCGCACCAAGACACGGCAGCUUAUCCAUCGGAUGGAAAUCCAUUCAACGACGGGCUCGCGGUGCCGAUUUCAAUCGCACCUGGUCGUCUCGAGUCCACGCCACUUGGUCCGCGACCGCUCGCGGGUGCACGUGAAGAUUCGUUUUCUGGGUUGAGCGCGAGUUUGCUUCGGAGACCGGAUAUGGCGAGGUUGGAUACGGGUGGGAGUAUCUGGGAAGUUCCGCCAACGUACAAUAGCCUCGCUCGUCAACGAGGUCUUGAAUGA